AUGGGACAGUUCACUUUUGCUCCUAAACGCUGCUUCUGCUGUGUGUUAAAUGCCACUGGAUAUCGUCACAGCCGAAGGACAUGUCAGAAAGUUCCUCAGGAGUGAACACAAGCAGCGACAGUCUCCCCAAAUCGCACACAUCUCACUGCUCCGAGCUCCGAGACACCCACACUCCUCUCUCAGUGGAACAGAGCCCAGACUCGGGCAUUGUCGCCACUCCAUUGCCAUCCCACCGGUUUCGGUUUAUCUCGUGGCAUCGGCUGGAGGAGAGUGAUGUGCGCGGGGACCAGCUAGCCUGCCCCAGGGUCAGAGAGGCAGGGCCCACGGAGGAGGAGCUGUUUCUGAGAGGGGAGCAGAAUGCGCUGCAGGCCGCCGAAGAGAGGCAGAGGAGGAGAAGGAGAAGGAGGGAGGACGAAGGACAGAAGUGGGAGGAGAGGCUGCAGGAGAACUGGGAGAACUGUGUGGAGCUGAACCUGUCCUACCAGGACCUGGGAGAUCCGUACCAGCUGGAGAACUUCACUCGGAUUCUGAGGCGGCUGAUCCGUGUUGAGAGGCUGCAGCUGGUGGACAACUCUCUCAGUGACCUGAGCUCUGUCCGUCUGCCAAGAUGCAAAUACCUGAAUCUGCAUCGCAACCACUUGACGUCCAUCCGCCAGCUGCCAAAGAUGCCUCAGAUCCAGCACCUGUGCCUGUCUGAGAAUGGCAUCGGGGCCCUGGGGGAGCUGGCCCUGCUGGGGGCCACUCCGCUGCAGUCGCUGACCCUGCGCCGCAACCCCUGCGAGUUCUUGGAGGACUACCGGCCACGUGUUUUCUCCUGCUUGCCAAAACUCCGUGUUCUGGACGGAAUCCUAAAGCUGCCAGAGGAUUCCGUGCCGUCUCAGAUUUCUGCAGCAUCAAGACUGUGCACCAUUUUGUGACACUCUAGGAUGUGAAUUCACUGUGAAGGGACAAGAAAAUGCUCCAUACCUCUUCAGGCAAAACCAAGAAAAGCCAAGUGUACAAAGUUUUAUACACAGUAUUAUGUUCAUACAGUACAAUACAUUUUUAUAGAAGA